GCAAAGUUGUAACAGCAUCAAAUGAAAGGAUUGAAUAUUAGGUACAGGACUGAAAACAACAUAACAGUAGCUGUCUCUGUGUAAAAUUCAAAGCUGUGACAGCAGUUAUGAACAUGAGUGUGUUUCUGCUGCUUCUGCUGUCAGGACUUUUGUUCAGGACUUCUGAUUCUCAGCGAAAGUACUUCUAUAUAAAUAAGAAUAUGACAUGGACAGAUGCUCAGAGUUACUGUAGAGAGAGAUACACUGAUCUGGCAACUGUAGACUCGAUGGAUGAUGUGAACAGGAUGAUAUUUUUAACAAAUGGAUACAGAGGAUCAGUGUGGAUUGGACUGCAGGGGGUGAACCAGACUGGUUGGGGUUGGUCAGAUGGAGAAAACACACUCUCUCAGUACAGUACUUGGUACAGCCCACCAGUUGAUGAACUUACAAGUUCAUGUGGGCUUAGCUAUAAUGGGAAUUGGUAUACUAGGCAAUGCUAUCGGCAUUUAUAUUUUGUAUGCUACAAUGAAACUUCUAAAUACAUCCUUUUAAGUUUGAUGAACACCUGGACAGAGGCUCAGAGUUACUGCAGACAGUAUUACACUGAUCUGGUCACCGUCCGAAAUGCUCAGGAAAAAAGCGAGCUACUUGCUGUUGUUGGAUCUGCACCAUCGGUCUGGAUCGGUCUGUUCUUAGACUCUUGGCAGUGGUCUGACCAAUGCAACUUCACCUUCAGAAACUGGGCAACAGGAUACCCAUUACAGAGUUCAGGAACUGAUGACUGUGUUGUCAUGUCAGGAGUUACUGGAAAAUGGGUCAAUUCUUCCUGUAAUGAACGGCAUCCUUUUUUCUGUUAUGACGAUGUCAAAGUUCAAACUGUCAGACUGACCUUUUCCCUUGAUGACAAAUACAAUCUGAAUGACCCUUCACUUCAAACUGCCAUUCUCCAUCAGAUAAGUGAAAAGCUAAAGAGCGCCGGACUGCAGAAUCGCAGCACAAGCAGCUGGCUAACAGAUGAAGGUGGAGAGGUGUUUCACCUGGAGAGCAAACCUAAAUCGAUUUCAAAAGAUGUGUGUGAUAAAAACUAAAAUUUAAUGAAUGCAGUUAACUUUAAAACAUACACAAUACAUAUGAAGUUAAUUAAGAUAUUUGCUCUUUGCAAUGAUGUGUGCAGUAAUAUAUUAUAUUUUAAGUAGUACAUUAACAUACAAUUUUCACCAAAUUUCUUAGGAAAGUCAUUGCUUUUUUGUAAUUACAACACUUAAAGUAGAGUGAGUUAGUAAUUCUGCAUC